AUGAUUAAGGGCACGAUGGGAGGAGUGGAGAGCGGUGCACGGGAGGUGGAGGUAAGAUACGAAGACACUGUAAUGUGGCCUGAGGGAUGGAGGGGAGGGGAAACGGUGAAAGGGGGCGCGCAUAGGGUCAAUGUGCAUGAGGGUAAGGCAGGGCAUGAGGGUAACGCAGGGCAUGAGGGCAAGGCAGGGCAUGAGGGUAAGGCAGUGCAUGAGGGUAAGGCAGUGCAUGAGGGUAAGGCAGUGCAUGAGGGCAAGGCAGUGCAUGAGGGUAAGGCAGUGCAUGAGGGUAGGGCAGUGCAUGAGGGUAAGGCAGGGCAUGAGGGUAAGGCAGUGCAUGAGGGCAAGGCAGUGCAUGAGGGUAAGGCAGUGCAUGAGGGUAAGGCAGUGCAUGAGGGUAGGGCAGUGCAUGAGGGUAAGGCAGGGCAUGAGGGUAAGGCAGUGCAUGAGGGCAAGGCAGUGCAUGAGGGUAAGGCAGGGCAUGAGGGUAAGGCAGUGCAUGAGGGUAGGGCAGUGCAUGAGGGUAAGGCAGGGCAUGAGGGUAAGGCAGUGCAUGAGGGUAAGGCAGGGCAUGAGGGUAAGGCAGGGCAUGAGGGUAAGGCAGUGCAUGAGGGUAGGGCAGUGCAUGAGGGUAAGGCAGUGCAUGAGGGUAAGGCAGGGCAUGAGGGCAAGGCAGGGCAUGAGGGCAAGGCAGUGCAUGAGGGUAAGGCAGUGCAUGCGGGUAAGGCAGUGCAUGAGGGCAAGGCAGUGCAUGAGGGUAAGGCAGGGCAUGAGGGUAAGGCAGUGCAUGAGGGUAAGGCAGUGCAUGAGGGUAAGGCAGUGCAUGAGGGUAAGGCAGGGCAUGAGGGUAAGGCAGUGCAUGAGGGUAGGGCAGUGCAUGAGGGUAAGGCAGGGCAUGAGGGUAAGGCAGUGCAUGAGGGUAAGGCAGUGCAUGAGGGUAAGGCAGUGCAUGAGGGUAAGGCAGUGCAUGAGGGUAAGGCAGGGCAUGAGGGUAAGGCAGUGCAUGAGGGUAGGGCAGUGCAUGAGGGUAAGGCAGGGCAUGAGGGUAAGGCAGGGCAUGAGGGCAAGGCAGUGCAUGAGGGUAAGGCAGUGCAUGCGGGUAAGGCAGUGCAUGAGGGCAAGGCAGUGCAUGAGGGUAAGGCAGGGCAUGAGGGUAAGGCAGUGCAUGAGGGUAAGGCAGUGCAUGAGGGUAAGGCAGUGCAUGCGGGAAAGGCAGUGCAUGAGGGUAAGGCAGUGCAUGAGGGUAAGGCAGUGCAUGAGGGUAAGGCAGUGCAUGAGGGCAAGGCAGUGCAUGAGGGUAAGGCAGUGCAUGAGGGUAAGGCAGGGCAUGAGGGUAAGGCAGGGCAUGAGGGCAAGGCAGUGCAUGAGGGUAAGGCAGUGCAUGAGGGUAAGGCAGUGCAUGAGGGUAAGGCAGUGCAUGAGGGCAAGGCAGUGCAUGAGGGUAAGGCAGGGCAUGAGGGUAAGGCAGUGCAUGAGGGUAAGGCAGUGCAUGAGGGUAAGGCAGUGCAUGAGGGUAAGGCAGUGCAUGAGGGUAAGGCAGGGCAUGAGGGCAAGGCAGUGCUUGAGGGUAAGGCAGGGCAUGAGGGUAAGGCAGUGCAUGAGGGUAAGGCAGUGCAUGAGGGUAAGGCAGUGCAUGAGGGUAAGGCAGUGCAUGAGGGUGUUCCCCGCCACACGGGUGUUGUCCCCAUCUGCAGCUCCGAGGGCACCAGGGGCCACUGCGUCAGCAUGCGCCAGCUGUCAGGUGAAACACCAGGUGGGGUGAGAGGAAUGACUUCCAAUGGCUGUUGGCAGGGCGUGGGGGGCAAAAGGGAGAUGAUGAGACGGGAGAGGAAGAGAGAUAGGGGAGGAGAAGGAAAAGGAGAGAGGGGAGGAGAAUGGAGAUGA